UAGGCGGUAUCACGCCCGAUAUCGGGGUGUCGGCGCUCAGCAGUCUCAUGUCGCACAAGGCUGGUUUGGCGCAGGCGGCGGUGAUGCCGGUGUCAUGGUCCAAGUUUGCAGCUCGUUCAGGCGGUCGUUUGCCUCCAUUUUUCUCGCGUGUGGCGCGAACAGACAUGUCUGCCGUGGGCGGUACGUCUGGUGGAUCGGGCGGUGCGUUGGAGAUGCUCCAGUCAAUUGCUGCGUCGGACCGACUGCUAUAUUUGCAAGAGUUGGUGCUCGAGACUGCGAGGGAGGUGUCCGGUAACGGAGAGCUGGAUGGUGACGCGCCGUUGAUGGAGUCAGGCUUGGACUCUUUGGCUCAGGUGGAGCUGCGCAAUACUUUGUCGUCUCGGCUGCACGGUAUGCAGCUGUCUGCGACGUUGUUUUUGGACUACCCCACGGUGAAGGGAGUGGCGUCGUAUUUGUUGCAGGAGAUCAUGCCGUCUCAAGGUGUGCGCGGCGGGUUGCAGCGUGUGGUGCUGUCGGCGGAUGCGUCAUCGGAAGGACUGGCGGUGGUGGGUAUGGCGUGUCGGCUGCCCGGCGGGAGCGACAGUCCAGCGGCUUUUUGGGAGAUGCUCGCGGAAGGUCGCGAC